AUGCCGUCUGGCUUAGAUGUUUCAGAGAAGCUUUAUGAGCAGGCGCAGCGGCUGACGCUGAGGAGGCUGCCGCCGAAGGCCGCCACUCAUCCAGAGAGACCAGACCUUGAGAGAGAAAAUGUGCAGAAGAGGACCUUCACUCGGUGGAUAAAUCUACAUCUAGAAAAGUGCAGCCCUCCACUAGAAGUUAGAGACUUAUUCGUGGAUAUACAAGAUGGCAAAAUCCUAAUGGCUUUGUUAGAAGUUCUGUCUGGGCAAAAUCUGCUACAUGAAUACAAAUCCUCGUCCCAUCGUAUUUUUCGGUUGAACAACAUAGCGAAAGCACUGAAGUUUUUGGAAGAUAGCAAUGUAAAACUGGUUAGCAUCGACGCGGCAGAAAUAGCAGACGGCAACCCCUCUCUGGUCCUUGGACUGAUAUGGAACAUAAUCCUCUUCUUCCAGAUUAAGGAGCUCACAGGAAACCUCAGCAGAAAUUCUGCGUCUUCAAGCCCGUCACCUGGCUCGGGUGGCACAGACUCGGACUCCUCCUUCCCACCCACGCCCACUGCCGAGAGGAGCACGGUGCUGUCCCUCAAAGACCAGAGGAAGGCCAUCAGGACCCUGCUGGCCUGGGUGCAGCAGAAAACGAGGAAGUAUGGAGUGGCAGUUCAGGACUUUGCGGGCAGCUGGAGAAGUGGGCUGGCUUUCCUGGCCGUGAUAAAGGCCAUUGACCCCAGCCUGGUGGACAUGAAGCAGGCUCUGGAAGAUUCCACCCGAGAAAAUCUCGAGAAGGCUUUUAGCAUCGCACACGACGCCCUUCACAUUCCCAGGCUUCUGGAGCCAGAAGACAUCAUGGUUGACAUGCCGGACGAGCAGUCCAUCAUGACCUACGUGGCGCAGUUCCUAGAACGUUUCCCGGAGCUGGAAGCCGAAGACUUUGUGGACUCAGAGAAAGAUUUCCCUAUUGAAUCAACCUUUGUCCGCAUCAGAGACACGCCUUCUGAACAGGAGAGCAAAAUCCUCCUCCUGACUGAGAAUGGGGACCGUGCCUACACUGUUAACCAUGAAACCAGCCACCCAGCGCCCUCCAAAGUCUUUGUGUGUGACAAGCCCGAGAGUGUGAAGGGGUCCCAGCCACAGCCCUGCCUGGCUGGUGCGUCCAGUGAUGUGCUGCUGGACAACUCCCAUGAGCUGAUGCACCAGAUCAUCGACCAGGUGCUGCAGGGCGUCCCCUGCAAGGUCAGUGAUGUCAGUGAGCCACCUGAGACGUCCAUCUUAUCGUCGAGAAAGGACUCUCGCAAGGCCAGCUGUUUGCCAGCCAAGAAGACUGUUCACUUUGAGGCUGACAUUGACGAGGAUGCUUCUUGCAGUAAAGACCCUUUCUAUAGUCAAGAGCUUGCCUUUGAAGGGAGCCCACUAGGGGCCAAGGAGUCCUUGAAGCUGGACGGACACAUUGUGGCCAUUGAUGUUGAAGGGGCAAAGAAACCAAAACAGGAAACCCCAAAGAGCCCGGAAGCAGCCUCUGCCAUGGCCCCGGGUGACAGUUCUUUGGCAGAUGGCAAGGUCUGUGAGUCACGGUCUUCCCAGGGUUCUUCGGCCUGGAACGGGGCACUGGAGAGUACUGAGCACAUGGGAGAAGGUCAUUCUGUUCCAUCCCCUGGAGCAAACACCAUUAUGGCCGACUCCAUGGAAAUCAAGGUUAAGCUGCUGACUGUAGAAACUAUGGACAAAGAAGGCUACUUUGAAGGCAUACCGUUAAAAGCCUCUAAGUUUAACAGAGACCUUGUUGAUUUCGCUUCCACCAGCCGUGCUUUUGGGGAGACUCCUUCACUGCAGGAAAACGAGCCCACUGAGAGUGACGCGGGAGAACACGCCGAGAGAUGGCGCAGAGGCAGAGCGCCGACCGUCCACGAGAAGGAAGAGUCCUCGGAGCCCCCAGUUACGUCCGACCAACCCAGACCUCACGAGGACACUGGACAAGACACGCAAGGCUGUUCUUUGGCUCCAAGGGAGGCACCUGUCGGUAAGAAACCAGAGGUGUAUGAAAAGGCGAAGCGGAAAUCCACGCACCGUGGUGGCGAGGAGGAGAUGGAGGCGCGGCGGCCCCAGGAGGAUGACGGAGACCUGCCACGCAGCCCCCCGAGCAGCAGCAUCAGCCUGGAGACCCUCCUGAGUCACAGUGAGGAAGGCCUGGACUUCAGGCCCUCCCCGCCCCUCUCCAAGGUCUCGGUCAUCCCCCACGACCUCUUCUACUACCCACACUAUGAGGUGCCCCUGGCUGCCGUUCUGGAAGCUUACACGGAAGACUCAGAGGACUUGAAAACUGAAGACGCGGAUCUCGAAGACCCCGACGGGUAUUUGCAGGACCUGGACUCGAGGGAGGAGGAGGAGGACGCUCAGAGCAGCUGCAGUUUUUUGGUGACGGGCAAGGCCCUUCCUGGUGCUAAUGAUCAGGUGCCAUAUCUUGAUAGAGAACCUGUGGGUACCCAAACUGCCUCCGAAUCUGCUCCCCCAGCCCACCUCGAGGACCACCAGCAAGGGGAGGCCAACAAGAGCAGCCCCUGGGAGAACAAUCAGUCCCAGGAGUCCCCGAACUCAGAAAACUCAGCCAGCCCCGUAGAAGCAAAGGUAACGGAAGAAUCGGUCAGCAGUAAAAAAAAGGAGAAAAGGAAACACGUGGACCGUGUCGAAAGUUCGAUAUUUGUAGCGCCGGGAGCCGUCCGAUCCUCAGAGGACCUAGAAGAAGACACUGCUGAUCACAGAAUCCCUUCUAGGGCUAGUCACAGUGACUCCAGCAUUUACAUUCGACGACAUACUAAUAGGUCUUUGGAAUCGGACCAUUUUAGCUUUGUUCAGUUGAGGAAUGCAGCCGACCUGGACGACAGGAGAAACCGAGUGCUAACAAGGAAGGCCAACAACUCGGGUGAGGCCAUGUUGCCAGGCAGCUACAGCCCCCCAAGCGACUCACUGACACAGCUUGUCCAACAGCCAGACACGAUGUAUUUCAUCCUGUUCCUCUGGCUUCUGGUCUACUGCCUGCUGCUCUUCCCCCAGCUGGACAUCAACAGGCUCUGA